GCGAGCAGCUACGCCCCCUUUAUUUAUCCUUUUGCAAUCAAGCCCAUCUAAACAAAGAUGCUGGUGCCCAUUUUCACGCUCAAACUGAACCAAAAGAUCUUCCCCAGACUGGUGACGGUCGGACAUUACGAUGGCAGGCAUCCAUCACUAACUGCAGCUACAAAUGGUGGAAAGGUUUUCAUACACACACCUCACCGUCGUAUGUCUAGCCCCUCCCCCUCAACCACACCCACUGCACGUCUCUCAGUCUCAUCCUCAGACUCUGACAUCACUCUGCUGAGCAUCGGACAACAUGUGACAUCAUUGGCAGCGGGGAAACUGGAUCCGGAACUGAACCAGGACGUGUUGGUGGUCGGUACCCAGACCAACGUACUAGCAUACGAUGUGGAGCAAAACUCUGAGCUGUUCUAUAAGGAGCUGCCUGACGGAGCUAAUACCAUACUGAUAGGGCAGCUGGCGGACAUGAGUAAGCCCCUGGCCUUUGUUGGGGGUAAUUGUGCAAUCACAGGACUGGACCACGAGGGACAAGACUCGUUCUGGACAGUAACCGGGGACAAUGUGUGCUCGCUGGCCCUGGCAGACUUCAACUCUGAUGGGAGGAAUGAGCUGCUGGUCGGCUCUGAGGACUAUGACAUCAGAGUGUUCCAGGGCGAUGAACUGUACGCAGAGAUUAACGAGGCUGAGGCAGUGGUGGCGCUAUGUCCCCUGCAGGGAGACAAGUUCAGUUACGCCCUUGCCAAUGGAAUAGUGGGCGUGUACAGCGGACAAGAGAGAUUCUGGAGGAUCAAAUCGAAGCACCAGCCGAUAUGUAUGGCAGGGUUUGACAUGAACGAGGACGGAGUGCCUGAGGUUAUAACAGGAUGGUCGAGUGGGAAAGUGGACGUUCGUAGCAGUCAGACCGGUAACGUCAUUUACAAGGACACCUUCUCCUCCACCGUGGCCGGCAUUGUGCAGGCUGACUACCGAUUGGACGGCAAGGAGGAGUUGAUCUGUUGCUCAGUGGAGGGAGAAGUCAGAGGUUACUUGCCCGCUAGUAUGGGGAUGGUCUCCCAGCAACACAGCUUGUCAUUAGGGCCGGAGAGCAAGGCACUCCAGGAGCUUACGAAGAGGAGACAGAACUUAACGAUGGAGCUAAAGAACUUCGAAAUCAAUGAAAAGGUAGCCUCGUCCAAGGACCCUGAGGGGGAGGUGGGUGUGUCCGGUCCUAUGGGGGUGAUCCCCGCCAGUACCAUGCUCAAGACAGAGUUCGGAGUCAUCAUUCCUGACGGAGAUGCACAGGGAAACGUCUCACCUCACAUAGAACUCGCUGUCGUUACCAGCAAUGACACAAUUAUCCGCUCAGUGAUAGUCUUUGCCGAAGGAUUGUUUGAGGGGGAGAGCCAUGUCGUGCACCCCCCUCCCUCCAAACUGAGCAACACAAUCAAGGUACCCCUCUUCCCCCAGAAAGACACUCCAGUGGAACUAAACGUGAAAGUAUUUGUGGGUCAAGUCUCAAGCACUCAAUACCACGUUUUUGAGGCUUCCCGCCCUCUACCGAGAUUCUCCUUGUACAUCCCCUGCAGUGUCGACAUACAGCCCCGUCCAAUUGGCACAGUGACUUUUAACCUCUCUGAGAGACUGGACAGACUAAAGUCAUGGAUUGAUGACAGCUUCAUGUACGCCCCUGGUGACGAUGCAGUGACCACGCCCACUCUCUCCGUUGCGUACCUCUCACUGCGUACCAACAGCCCCCUCCUCAUGACCAUGGACCCUGCUCAGAUCGGCAAGACCACCCUUCACACUGACGAUAUGGACCUGGCCGGUGACAUCAUUCAAUCUCUGGCCACCUAUUUAGGAAUUGAGGAUCUGGAAGUGGUGGCCGAGUUCCCCAAGCACAUGGAGGAGCUGCGUAGUGUGUUGUCACAGGUGGACGAGUACCACAAGGUACGACAGAGACUCACGGCUGAGAUGGCCGACAACUCGGGCGUGAUACGUAACCUGGUGGUGAGGGCAGAGGACGCGAGGAUGAUGAACGAUAUGACCAACAUGAAGAAGGCGUACAUGCAGCUGUACGAUCUGAACAAGGACAUUGUAACCGGCUACAAGAUACGCUCCAAUAAUCACAUGGAGCUGCUGGAAUGCCUCAAGAUAGUCAACCAGGCCAUCCAGAAAGCUGGGAAGUUGAGAGUCGGUCGCCCUAAGGCUAAAGUGAUCUCGGGCUGUAGGACUGCCAUAAAGAACAAAGAGGUGGAGACACUGUUCAAGAUCAUGAGAUCUGGUGCUAACUAGCCCUUGUACAUGUACUGUGUCUAAUAAUUAAAUGUAUAGACAGACCUGUUAUCACAGCAAACCGAUCACUUAAUUAAAAAUUAAUGUGCCCAUUGGAUUUUAAUUGUUUUAAUUGUGGAUUAAUUAUUGUAAAA